AUGUCGAGUUCUAGACCAUCCAAGAGGCAGCGUAUUUGUCGCGCUUGCGACCAAUGCCGCCGGCGUAAGUCCAAAUGCGAUGGGGCACAACCUGUCUGUGGGAUCUGCCGCUCGGCGGGUCGAACAUGCACAUACGAGGCUGGUGGUGGCCGACGGGGAUUGCCAUCUGGUUAUGUCCGAAAGCUUGAAACAGCUCUUGGUCUGGUCUUCAUAAACAUUCCCAACAGUGAAGGUAUCUUGCGUGGUCUACUAGCCGAGUGUGGUGAUGCCAAAGCCACGGAUCGGGCAGUCGCAGCAUGGCGCAACUCCCAGGUGAACCGUGGGAUAUCACAGAUGCUCGUUCCUGGAUGCAAAGAGACGUCGAUGGAAGACUCGGUUGAGGAUGAGGCUGAGUGGGAGGACCUGGAGAAUCGUGAUAUUAUACCCACUAUAGAGAGCUCCGAACCCUUUAUCCCGACGGAAGAGAUACCCCUGCAGGCCCAACCGAUUAUAGCAGCUGAACCAAAGGAUGUGCUGGACGUGCCUAUUCCAAACAACACGUCUGACCUACUGGAGCUCUACUUCACUUACACUCACUGCUGGUUCCCCAUAUUGGAGCGCCGAGACCUCCUCCGGGCGAUGUAUACGUACCCUCUCCGAUCCACGCCUCGGGAUGAAACAUGCCAUCUCGUAUUAUGGGCUGUCAUCGCCUAUUCGUCCGUUAUCCAUCCAGAUCACAAUCAUGGCCGACCCAAUUCUAUGCAAAUAGUGCAUUCCAUCCAACGCCGGAUCCCGUCGCAAUUGGACAAACUGGAGUUGGGCCACAUCCAGGCGCUCCUAAUUCUUGUUCUACUACAUCUUCAGGUCGGGGAUGUCAAACUCGCCUGGGUCCUAGUUGGUCAGGCUACAAGGUUUGUAACGAUGCUGCCGACGUCGUCGAAGUCCCGAUUCCUCCAUACCGUUCACGCAUGUAUCCUACUGGACAAUUUAGCCUCAGCCCUUCUGGACAGAUCGCCCUGUUUGUCUCUCGAAGAGCAGCUGGUGUAUGGACCCGUUGAGGAAGACGAUGUCGAGGAGUGGGAUCAUUGGACUGCACGGAAUGGGUUCACAUCAAACGGACCAUUACGAGCGUUGAGCAUGUUUAACGCUGUGAGACAGCUUAUGCAGCUCCUAACUCGGGUAUUGUACAGUCCAGUUGAUCUAGCUCAGUUGCACUCCCUCCUGCUCCAGAUCCAGGAACAACAGGCGAUUCUUCUAGCACAAUACUCAAAUCCCAGGUCCGACUCUACUACGCCGCCUCUUCUUACCUUGCAUCUAACAGCCGUCUUUGUGAUUCUCGCACUUGUCCGCCACUGUCGGUCUCCCAGUGCCGAUAUGAUUGAUCUGGCCGUCGAAACCUCGCAACGAAUGUUCGAUCUAUUCGAUCGUUAUGUCAAGUUGGCCGGACACCAACAAUCGCCUCUUCUCCGUUGCUGCUUUCUACAGUGCCGGCAUUGCUUCGAGAGUUAUCUUUCAGCUGCGGAUGGCCCUGAGAUUGGCGUCUUGAAAAGUCGGCUUUCAACAUACUCACAAGAGUUUCAGAUGGAUGGGAUUUUCAGUCACGAAAAUUGCCCGGCUGUUAUCCAACCUGCAGAUGAAUGGCGGAGCGCCUUAACGACCGACCCCAGAGCCGGCCAGUCCCUCCAAAAUGGGAUAUCAAACUCCCUACAGAGCCACUACGCAACACCUGUAUCAGCCACUGCAACUUCUUCACCGGCUCUACCAGGCGAAGCUGAUAGUUUUGAUGCGUUGUUCGAGGAGAUGGCGAAUCUGAUCCCUAGUACAAGGUAUAAAUCAUGCCGUCUUCUUCUCUUCUUUGUGCUGAUUCCACGCAGACUUGAGCCCGAGUUCGCACAUAAUCUAGGUUUUUGCGCCGGAGAUCUAGACACAGACUUCCUGAUUCAACUCCAGCAGCCGCCAUAG